AGGCCAGUCAGUGUUGCAGUGUUGCUGUAUGGAGUCAGGGCGCUCGGGAUCGAUACACACAGGUAUAAGUGUGCUUGGAGAGGAGACCAUUUGUCAUACAGAGUUUAGUCAGGGAACAGUAACGUGGUGUAGGAAAUCACACUUGUUGCUGAUAACUGGACACAGAUAUUGCGCUGGCUAUUUGCGAGAGUAAAGUUUGUUCACACCGCCUCGGGAACUAACUUUGUGUAACACUGAACGAAGACGCCAGUCGCGGAGGAUAGUUGAACUGCUCCCUGAAGCGUAGCGCAAUAAGGAUGUGUUGAUGUACAAGCUUGGAUGGUAGAGGGACUGGUUCCUGCUCGUCACUAACAGUUCGUGACACGUAUAUGUGACCCGUGUCGAUCAGCCGUGACAGUGACACGUGGAGGCGUGAAUAUAACACUUAAAACUACUACUACACUACGCAACGACAGGAGUUAAAGAUUCCGUCUAUAUGAUUAUCGGCCUCGACUGACUGACUACGACUGAGUGAACAGCGCUACCCCAGUGGUAGGAGCGCGGCCACACAAGGCAGGUGAUCCCACAAGGCGCUGCCCUGCUGUCUACGGAGAUGCUCUCCAUUGUUUCCACCUGAGCCUGUCCACCACGAUGUCGCUGGGUGAAAUCAACCUGAGGAUCAACCUGUCCUAUGGCGGGGGUUCGUACAUCCAGGACGAGGGAGGGUCACAGGAACCGUUUCUGUGGCAGUUUAUAUUCUGGGGCAUCCUGCUGCCCCUCGUUGCCUUAUCGGGUAUCGUCGGGAACAUUCUGACCAUGGUUGUGCUAUGGAGACGGGAAAUGCAGUCGCCUACAAUCUUCUAUCUGCGAGCCCUUGUAGUAUCCGAUACUGGCAUCCUGCUCAUGUCUGUCAUCGCUCUGACGCCCUUCGCCUGCUCCAACUAUCUGGAGUCGGAGUCUCUUGUGUAUUACCGGGAGGUGAUCUACCCACCCAUCCAUACUCCCCUCAACUUCAUCAUGAUGUCACUGCAGGCGGUCAACGUGUGGGUCACUGUAUCGGUGUCGGUGGAGAGAUACAUUGCCAUCUGCCAUCCAUUCAGAGCCGCACGGAUCUGCACCAAGAAAAAGGCGCUCGUUGUCAUAAUCGUCAUUGUCAUCGUCUCCAUCGGCUAUAACAUCCCCCGUAUGUUUGCUACUCACGCUCGGGAGUGUUCUGAGGCUGAGAAAAGUCAUGGUCAAGCCUGCUUCUACCUGGCGGACACGGAACUGGGGAACACGUGGUCCUACAAGACCGUGUACGGCUACAUCAUGUUUUGCAUCAUCAUCUACGUGGUGCCGCUGGGGGUGCUGUUCAUCCUCAAUGUAUUCAUCAUACAGGAACUUAUGAGGAUGCAGCAAAGGCGCUCAGGCCUACAUAACCAGGAUGAUAACGAAGCUAAUCUUAGUCUGGUGCUGGUACUGAUUGUUGUGGUGUUUAUUUUCUGUCAGACACCCGGCCUACUAGCGCAAUUCGAUAUCUUUGAAGUUCAUCUGUUUCACAAAUGGCUGGCUGUGAGCAAUUUUCUGUUUGUCCUUAACUCUGCUGUAAACUUCCUUAUCUACACUGCGUUCGGCCGGAAGUUCCGCAAGGUACUGCUGCGCAUAUUCCACAAGCUUUACAAACACUCACGUUCCAUGAGCAUCAGCAGGACUGCAGUCACAAGCAACGGCUACGAGCUGACCAACGUCAACGAUCUGAACCACGACCAAACAACCUUGGAGACAUAUUACGGUAAAUAAUUUGGGACAUGGGUAUCUUUGUGAGUUUGUCUGUGAAUUUGAGGACCGCCAGACCGUCGUGAUUCAGUGAACAGUAUCUGGUGGAGGACCGUCUUCGUCCAGCGCCCGAGACGACAGCACAGUGUACAGUGUGCAGUGUACUAUGUACAGGGCAAAACAGAUGCAAGCAUACACAGCUGUGGCGGGACACUUGUGUGUUGGUAGUGACUCCUGCAGCGUCCGUCAAGCAAUAUGUAUAACGUCAAUGUGACCACAUUAUCUCAUAGAAUUAUUACAUCACCAGUCUGUUGCUUUUGUGAUCACUUCGGUAUAUAUGCCGGUAUUGCAUCUGUCUCAGACAAUUUCUUGUGAUUUCUCUCACGCCGUUUAUGAAAUGAAUAUUGUUUGAUAGUGUUCCAACACGAAGUAAAUAGUGCCAUAUGUUCACUGUGUUGUUUCCCUCAUCUUGGUCACAUAUAUCUAGUUGGUUUAACUUACAGGCCUGCGAGGCUGCAUUCGAUGUGCCCCAUGAUCACAGUACAUCACUAGCGGAAACAGGAACAAGGGUGUUGUCCCCGUUGAUACAACCUACAGGGUCACACGUGAUGCCUUGCAGCUGUACCUGUAGUUAAAGUGGCGGUAUUGAUGGUCCAGGGAAAACGACACUCCGUGGUCAACGGAGUGGGUCGACAGGUACACUUUGCAAUAUGUUUUAGGGUUUUUGGGCAUAUUUUCAUUACAUGAGAGAGUGGACAUACUCAAAUUCGACAUUCCAGUCUUGGUGUGAUGUCGGUAAUGAAAUUGUCAUCUAUAGGAGAGGCGAGGGUGUACUGUGCGAUGUUGGUAGUUGUCACGACUGAUGUAAAUCGCUCAUUUGACCAUCUGAAUGUUUUGUUCACAUUCGCUGGUGUUCUUGUGAAGCAAACUGUCUUUUGUUGAUAGAUAUAUAUAUCCUGUCCAUCAGUUCGGAAACAAUAAAUAUUAGUAUUUUCGCAAUUGCA